AUGUUCUUCGCACUGGAAACUGGUUCCUUAAUGGUGAUCCUCAUUUGUUUGAUGGCACAUUUGGUUUCUGCUGGCAGUCCUGAUAAACUGUGUCAAUCGGAUGAGGAGUGCAUCCAACUUAAGGAUUGCCCACACAUAUAUAACGAUCUGAAGAGCAAAAGAUUGUCGCGGUCUGCAAAAUUAGAUAUAUUGCAGACAAGAAUAUGUGGCGACAAUGUUCGAUACCAGAAUCUUAACCAAAUGAUUUAUAUCUGCUGUCCCAAGCCGGCAACCAUCUUGCCAAGCUAUCCGGCUUGUGGACGGCCACAAUUGAUUUACCGUGUUAUGGGUGGCACGGAGCCGAAUCUCAACGAAUACCCGUGGCUGGCCAUGCUUCUAUAUCGGAAUCUGAGUGCCUUCAACGCCAAUUGGAAACUAGUCCCGGGUUGUGGUGGCUCCCUGAUUAACAAUCGCUAUGUCCUGACUGCAGCCCACUGUGUAACCGAUGAGGUCCUGCAAAUCCAACGCGUCCGCCUGGGCGAGCACACAACCUCCCAAAACCCGGACUGCAUGGGCUUUGGCGCACAAAGAAAAUGCGCUCCCCCACAUCUGGACAUCGACGUGGAGUCGGUCACAGCGCAUGAUGACUACGAUACAGCCAAGAAAACCUUUCACAACGACAUCGCCCUGGUGCGACUUCAAGUGCCAGUGCGAUAUACGCUCGCUUACUAUCCGAUUUGCGUUCUGGGCUACCGCAGCUCACUGCGUAACUCCAAGCUGCGCGUGGCUGGCUGGGGACAGACGGGAAUGUUCGACGCUAGGAGCAAGGUGCUGCAACAUGCUGCCCUCAAGGUAAGGAAAUCAAAAGUGUGCUCGAAAAAGUACGCGCACCUGGGUUUCGGGCCGCGAUCACAGAUAUGCGCCGGCGGCUUGGAUAACAAGGGCCCCUGCCCCGGCGACUCCGGAAGUCCAUUGAUGGGCACCUCGGGUUUCAGCUACGAGGAAUUCACGUUCCUGGCCGGCAUCACUUCAUACGGAGAUGUUUGCGGCGCAAUUGGCCGGCCGAUUGUUUUCACACGAACGGCGAGGUUUUACAAAUGGAUACUGGAACACUUAAGGCCCUAGAAGCUGUUGAACAUACUUAUAUAAUA